AUGAGCUCCUCCUCUGUGCUGGCGCUGGGGAAAGACAGACAACGCCAAUGCGAAUCAAUUGAUAAGAAGGCCUUUCAGACAGUGCUGACAAAGGGCAAGGGCCGGCUGCGGCGGCCGCGCCAGUCCCGCUUCAAGACGCAGCCCGUGACCUUCGAUGAGAUCCAGGAGGUGGAGGAGGAGGGGGUGUCCCCCAUGGAGGAGGAGAAGGCCAAGAAGUCGUUCCUGCAGAGCCUGGAGUGCCUGCGCCGCAGCACGCAGAGCCUGUCGCUGCAGAGGGAGCAGCUCAGCAGCUGCAAACUGAGGAACAGCCUGGACUCCAGCGACUCUGACUCGGCCCUGUGAGGGGCGCCGCCCGCUGCAGGGACUCGCGCGUCUCCGCGCCCGCCGGGAACAAGCGUGCAAACCGGAGACGGCCCCGCGUCCCGGGAACCCCUGAGGACCCGGGACCGCGGCCCCAUCGCGCUCUUGGACUCUCGCCCGGCUGCGAACUGCUCUGUGCGCCGGCCCAGCGCCGCGCUCGCCCUGGAUCCGAGCGUGCGCGCCAGGGAGGGGGCCGCUUUCUUUGCCAUUGUAAAUGUUUCUUUUUUAACUCUUCCUAUUACGAACUCUGCUGUGAGUGUGUGCGGGAAGGCGCGCCGGCUUUGAGUCGCCCGCUUCUUGAGGGCUUCCCGGAGAGCUGCUCCACGCCCUUGUCCGGUGGUUUGCAACUCCGAUUUUGCACACCGCCCCACCACCGUGCCCCCCAGCGCACAACCGUUCACACUCACGCCAACACACUCUCGCUGAACACUUUUAUAACUGUUAGACGCGGCGGAUGGGACUUGGGGCGCAGCGCAGCUCCUGCUAUGACCGGAGGAUUGAUAUUUAUUUUUGCAUUGCGAUGGCUGACAGCGUUUAUUUAACGAUCUUUUUACCUGGAUAUGUCUGAGUCUCCGAAACUGAGACAAAUAAAGUCAGUAUAUUUGCACAGUG